CAGCUGCAGAUAAAGUGUUAAAUUAAUAAAAGCAACAAACGUAAAACAACACGCGCCAGUUUGGGAGAUAUUGGUGUUGCUGUGCUGGAGUCAGAGAGCCGCAUGGACGAAGAAGUCAUUGAGAUUAGCGACAGCGAACGCGAGGAAACCGAAUCGACCUCUGAAAUGGACGUGGAGCUAACGGAGCAGCAGACCCCAGAUGCGGAGCAGAUUGUGCCCAAGGACGCGGGAACCAUUGCCGAAGAGAAAAAGAAACUGGGAAACGAUCAAUACAAGGCACAAAACUAUCAGAAUGCGCUCAAACUCUACACGGAUGCCAUCUCGUUGUGCCCCGACUCGGCCGCUUAUUACGGCAACCGGGCUGCCUGCUACAUGAUGCUCCUCAACUACAAUAGCGCCCUGACGGAUGCCCGCAACGCCAUCCGCAUCGAUCCAAGCUUCGAGAAGGCGUACGUACGUGUGGCCAAGUGCUGCCUGGCGCUGGGCGACAUCAUUGGCACGGAGCAGGCCGUGAAGACUGUGGCGGAGCUGAAUGCCCAGAGCACAGCUGUCAGCGGGGAACAGCAGGCGGCGCAGAAGCUCCGCCAACUGGAGACAACCAUACAGACCAACUACGACACAAAGGCCUAUCGCAAUGUGGUCUACUACCUGGAUAGUGCCCUGAAGCUGGCACCAGCUUCCAUUCGAUAUCGUCUACUGAAGGCCGAAUGUCUGGCCUAUCUGGGACGCUGCGAUGAGGCCUUGGACAUUGCCGUGGGCGUGAUGAAGCUGGACAGCACCUCGGCGGACGCCAUAUAUGUGCGCGGUCUGUGCCUCUACUACACGGACAAUCUUGAGAAGGGCAUCCUGCACUUUGAGCGCGCCCUGACCCUCGAUCCCGACCACUACAAGUCGAAGCAGAUGCGCAGCAAGUGCAAACAGCUGAAGGAAAUGAAGGAGAACGGCAACAUGCUGUUCAAGUCGGGGCGGUAUCGUGAGGCGCAUACGAUCUACACCGAUGCUCUGAAGAUCGAUGAGCACAACAAGGACAUCAAUUCGAAGCUUCUGUACAAUCGGGCACUGGUCAACACUCGCAUUGUUGCUCUCCGGGAAGCAGUGGCCGAUUGCAGUCGCGUCCUAGAGCUGAACUCCCAGUAUCUGAAGGCCUUGCUGCUACGUGCCCGCUGCUACAAUGAUCUGGAGAAGUUCGAGGAGGCAGUGGCCGACUAUGAGACGGCCCUCAAUCUGGAGAAGACCACCGAGAUUAAGCGUUUGCUGCGCGAUGCCAAGUUUGCCCUGAAGAAAUCAAAGCGCAAGGAUUACUACAAGAUAUUGGGGAUUGGACGGAAUCCAACCGAGGAUGAGAUUAAGAAGGCGUACCGCAAGAAGGCUCUGGUGCACCAUCCGGACAGGCAUGCCAACAGCAGUGCCGAGGAGCGCAAGGAGGAGGAGCUGAAGUUCAAGGAGGUGGGCGAGGCCUAUGCCAUACUGUCGGAUGCGCGCAAGAAGGCGAGAUACGACAGCGGCCAGGACAUUGAAGAGCAAGAGCAGGCUGACUUUGAUCCGAAUCAAAUGUUCCGUUCGUUCUUCCAAUACCAAAACGGACGCAAUGCAUCCUUCAACUUUGAAUUUUAGGCCGAACAUCACAGCAGAACAGCGAAGACCCAUCCACAUUCUGCCAC